GGGAGUCUGCCACCAUUAGCACCAUCACAAUGCUCGCACGCACACAUGUAUCUCCCCGAUUACUUUUGAGGGCGCUCGCACGGCCUCGUGCUACAACAUGCUCUGUACUCCACCCUUUACCAGCGUGCCCUCGACGUGGAAAACGCACAAAAGCCAGCCGACCCGAUGAGACGGAGAAGGAUGCGACGACCGGAUCCAGGUCUGCGAUACGGGACAAGCUCAAAGGCACAAAAUCCGUUUUCGAGAACGAUGCGGAAACGGACAGGCUUAUGCGCCCGCUGUCCGACGCCGAACUCGAACGUGACGAUAUGCCCGUCAUCAACUGGUAUGAGCAGGACUUGGACAAAGGCACGCCACAGCGUCUCGUUGAACGCUUAGCCACACCGGAAGAUCGCAAGAAAGACAAAGAGAUGUACAUGAUGAUAGAGGAAUCACAGAAGAACCCGGACUACGACGACGCAAGGCUGAACCGGCGACUGAUCGACAGCUUACUGGCUAACCCAAACUUCGCCGAAUUGACGGACGAGCUCAAGGAUAUCAAGGAAGGCAUCAAGUCGAGGAAAGAGCUCCAGCAAUUAGAAGAGCAGGCAGCCAUCGAAGCAGGGAAGGAAAGCAAAGAGUUCAAGACUGGCCUACGGACGGCCACACUCCAAACUCUACAAGACAUUGUCAGCGAUCCGGAUAUCGGAGAUGCGAAGGCUGACCUCCAAAAGUGCAUCGACGAGAUGCCAGAUGUGGAGGAAAUGGACAACCCCGAUUAUCAAGCCAUGCUGAACAAGGCAAUGGACAAGCUGGGGGCCAACGAAGCUAUGCAGAAGAAGGUUGCUGCUAUGAGCGAACAUCUCGAUAGCCCGAAAUUAGAGACUGAAUGGGAGGAGUACCAGAGAAACACAGAGGACGCUAUCGCUGAAGCUGAGGCCCCAGAUGACGAUCUCACCAUGACAACGCCCGAGGACCUGCAGGAUGUGGAUAAACUCCUACAUCAGAUGCGGGAUAUCAUGAAGUCGCUGGGUGGCGACAGCGGCCUUGAGUCUGAACUUGAUGCAGCCCUCAAUGAAGACUCGUCGUCGAACCAAGAUCAAGACGGUGUAUUCGAACGUGAGAUGGACCCGCAAGAAUUAGCGGAGGAGAUCAUGAAGUUUGCCGAGUCGAAGGCAUCGCAGCCCCAGCAGCUUGUGGAGGACGAGGAAGAUGUUCCCGCCGAGCUACAAGCCAAAGUUGACGAAAUCAUGAAAGACCCCAAGUUGAUGGAGAAGCUCAUGUACAUUCAAAAGCUCAUCUCAGAAAACAAGCAACAGCAAGGUGAUCUUACUACUAUUGCGCACGAUAGUGCACCUGAUCCCUACCAACUCGAAGACGACCGCACUACUACGCUCAAAGAACGUAUGGCUGCCGCCCUCCAGGAUCCAGAACACUCUGCCGCCCUCCAACGACUCCGCGUUCAUCUGCCCCCACCUUUUAACAUCUCGCCCGCGCUGAAGUCUUUCAAUCAAGCCAUUGAAUUCGCAUACAUCGGCGCAAAUGACGACAUCCGCCGGAUUCUCUGGCGCUCGUACCAAAAAGCGCGAUCUUUACCUACCUUUCUCCAAAAUAUCAGUGACGAGGCCUGGGAUAUACUGUAUUACUCCCAGGCGGUCACAUGGGGCAGCAACCAGAACCGUGAGAACCAUCUCAGAACCUUGCUAGCAGAUCUCAAGAGCCUAGGGCGAGACGGUCCACCCACACACCCUAGUUCACUUGUUAACGGGGGUGUUGAGCAGAUGGACACAUGAAAUGCCAGAGAUUUCAUAACGAUGUAUUGCUGUACGAUAUGACGACAUGUAUAUGAUACCCUUUGAAUACAUAACACUCCAAAGGCACUUUUCCAGAGCCAUUCUUCAUCCAAUCUGACAUUGUAUUUUGUACAUAGUGCUAAGGGCCUACCUUCUUGCACCUAUGGCAUCGAUGAUAUGC